CCUACCUUUUCAUGCAUUUUAUGUUUUAAUAUAUAAAGUAGUCAUUAUUCAAAUCAAUAUAACUAUAGACAGAGAAAAAACCCUUCCCCUCCCCAUCCACCCCCACUCCCCAACCAAAAACAAAAAAAAAAUAUGGCCUCUAUGAUUUUUGCACCACCACUUUUGAGUGUUCAAUCAUUUGUCAAACUAAGAACAAAUUCAAAUUACCCUAAUUCUUCUUGUUAUAUUCCUUCAUCCUCUAAGGCAAAAAGUUCUCAUGUACAUUUAUCCUACAAUAGUAGUUCUCAUAUUGAUUCAUUCAAAUCUUCAUUUACCAAGGGUGAUGUGAAUUUCUCUUUUCCAUUACCAAAAUUUCCAAGACUUGCUUCAACGUUAUCUCCAUCUUUGAAUAUUAUUAAAGCUUGUGGUAAACUAAACAUAUAUCAUUUCGGAGCAAUCUUUCGGAGUCCCAAGGAGAAAGAAGGAAAAUAUAUCCAUCUUGGUGAUGAAUACGAAAAGAAGGUUCUGCUAAUUGUAAAUAUUCCUGAUAAUGGUUCUAGAUGGGCAAGAUCGGAAAUUGAGUUUCUCAAUGGUCUAUGUAGAAAAUACAGAGACAAAUCAUCUUCAUACGGACCACGUGGAUUUGAGGUUCUAGGAUUUCUACAUGACAAGAAUGACCUUACUGAUAAAUCAGAUUCUAUAUGUGAAAAAGGUGAAAUUCCUAUGGGAGUAGAAGAAAUUCUUAGUAAAGCUGAGUUUCCAAUUUUUAAAAAGGUUAAAGUGAAUGAUAAUCAUGAGUCUCAUCAUGAGUUUCAUCAUGAGUCUCCUCUGCAUUUUCGUCAAAAAUUAACUAAAGCGAUCGACAAGAUUACUCAUGAAGCAAAGGAGAAGGAGAAAAGUGAAGAUCUUUGGUACUUUCUGAGGACACACACACCAGAUUAUGUUGAUAAACAUGAAAAAAGCAUCAAAUUAAUAGAGCAAGAGUUCGAAAAAUUUCUAAUAGAUGGAUUUGGAGAACCUGUAAAGCACUUUAUUCGGUUCGACUAUGAAAGGGUACAACUACCUCAAUCGGUGAAAGGAGGAGGAUAUACCGGUGAAUUAAGCGAGGAAUUACGACCAAUAGACCCUACCUACCUCGUAGAGGAUGCCAUUAAGAAUUAUUUCCGUGAUUGAGCUUUAGAAGGAGCAGCCAUAACAAAGCCUGAUAUAUUCUUGAUGUUGUUUUAUAUUAAACAAUUUAUUUACAUCAAAGGUAAUGCUAAUAUUGUAUGAAUAUUGUAGUAAAAGUAUUGUAUUUGGGAUAUAAAUUUGAAUUAAUAACGUGUCACGAUUCGAGCU